GUCCCUGCUGGAUCCUGCGCGCCGGGGACUGGGGGCUGGCAGUGCAGACCGAACCCGGGGCCGAGGGGCUUCUCCACAGAGCCGCCUGGGGCUCGGUGGGGGGCGCUCAGCUCGACCCCAGCUAAGGGAGCACUAGGAAGUGCGGGCGUCCCCUUCCCUGCACCCUUGCGGGGCGGGAACCGUCGACCUAGAAGAAAAAAAAAGCUGAGGCAAACUUGAUAUAAGUAGAGAGGUUAUUUGGGCCAAGUUUGAAGAUUGCAACCCGGGAGCAUAGCUUCAAGCUGCCCUGAACAUAGGAUUUGCAACAGUGACAAAGGUGAGGCCAGAGAAGUGACAAGACAGAUGCCAGUCCAGCAGGUGGGCAUGUCCAGAAAGUGCAGCCUCAGGACACGGUCUGGGAACAAAGACUGCUGGAGAGUUGGAAGCUGGCAAGAGGCUCUCAGCUGUGAAGUACCUGGGGUGGGGGAGAAGUGGUCGGAGAAAGCAGAGAACACAAUUGAAGACACUGGUUAUUCUAGCAAGGCUUUGACUGGAAUGGCAUAUUUUCAGAUAUGACCAGACUGCUCUGAGGAAUUCAGGUUGGCUUUAUAGAGCCAAUAAAAAGCUACCUGGAAAGAGUGGCCAUGUACCUUAUCUAUACAGUUCCCUUACAAGCUUCCUGAUCUUGAGACAUUUGGCUUCACUUGAACCUGUGUUUGAAGCUUCAGUGAACAUUGUCUUUGGGAGUAAGAAGUACUAGAAAAUUUAUGCCCAGCCCGUCUUCCUGUUGGAGGCACGCAGACCCCUGGAGGACAAGCAUGAAACGCCAUAGGGCUCCCCCAGGUGCUGGAAUUAUGGCACCUUUCAAAUUCUUCUCCAGGAGUUUUAACAAGCAUGCGUACUUUUUAUAAGUGGUGAGUGUAACGGAGGUUCACAGAUGCACUCCGCUUUGGAAACCAGUGCACUCUUGCCCAGGCACGGUGAGACUCUGAGGAUGAUGUGUCUAACCUCUGUGUCUAACGGGGGUGUGGGCUCUCCCUCCUCUGGCGACCAUGAGGACCACCCAGGCAGGACAAGGUGUGCAGAGAACUAGCAUGGUCCCUGGCACGUAGCCCCUGCCCAGUGACUGGCAGAUGAGAAGCUCCAUUGUCGCCCCUGGCGAGUGUGGGGCACAGGCACCUCCUUGGGUUGUCUGCCCUCCCGGGAGCCCCAGGGUGCCCAGGCGGGCCUCAGCUGAGUCCAGGCCUCGGGGACAGUCCGUGCAGCCCCUCCUGGGGCUGGGGGCGGGCACUUGUCUCAGCCACGUUUCUGCUGACUGAGCAGCCUUCUUCAUGAGCUCAUGCCUUUCCAGAGAAAUCCCUUAAUGCCUCCAUUCUGCUGGUGGCAUAUAUAGGGAGGGCUCGGCCUUGGCUCCACACUGCACUGCCCAGAGGCCCCGCUGACUCCUGCCAGCCUCCAGGUCCCCGUGGUACCAAAGCUGAACAUGGACGUGACCAUCCAGCACCCCUGGUUCAAGCGCACCCUGGGGCCCUUCUACCCCAGCCGGCUGUUCGACCAGUUUUUCGGCGAGGGCCUUUUUGAGUAUGACCUGCUGCCCUUCCUGUCGUCCACCAUCAGCCCCUACUACCGCCAGUCCCUCUUCCGCACCGUGCUGGACUCCGGCAUCUCUGAGGUUCGAUCCGACCGGGACAAGUUCGUCAUCUUCCUCGAUGUGAAGCACUUCUCCCCGGAGGACCUCACCGUGAAGGUGCAGGACGACUUUGUGGAGAUCCACGGAAAGCACAACGAGCGCCAGGAUGACCACGGCUACAUUUCCCGUGAGUUCCACCGCCGCUACCGCCUGCCGUCCAACGUGGACCAGUCGGCCCUCUCUUGCUCCCUGUCCGCCGAUGGCAUGCUGACCUUCUGUGGCCCCAAGAUCCAGACUGGCCUGGAUGCCACCCACGCCGAGCGAGCCAUCCCCGUGUCGCGGGAGGAGAAGCCCACCUCGGCUCCCUCGUCCUAAGCAGACAUCGCCUCGGCUGGCUCCCCUGCAGCCCUGGCCCAUCAUGGGGGGAGCACCCUGAGGGCGGGGUGUCUGUCUUCCUUUGCUUCCCUGUUUUUCCUUUCCACCUUCUCACAUGGAAUGAGGGUUUGAGAGAGCAACCAGGAGAGCUUAGGGUCUCAGGGUGUCCCAGACCCCGACACCGGCCAGUGGCGGAAGUGACCGCACCUCACACUCCUUUAGAUAGCAGCCUGGCUCCCCUGGGGUGCAGGCGCCUCAACUCUGCUGAGGGUCCAGAAGGAGGGGGUGACCUCCGGCCAGGUGCCUCCCGACACACCUGCAGCCUCCCUCCGCGGCGGGCCCUGCCCACACCUCCUGGGGCGCGUGGGGCCCGUGGGGCCGGGGCUUCUGUGCACCUGGGCUCUCGUGGCCUCUUCUCUCAGACCGUCUUCCUCCAACCCCUCUAUGUAGUGCCGCUCUUGGGGACAUGGGUCGCCCAUGAGAGCGCAGCCCGCGGCAAUCAAUAAAGAGCAGGUGAUACAAGCAA